GAGAUGACCAGUGUAAAACGAUACAAGGGAUAAUAGUGGGGAUGAAGCAGAACAGGCAAGAAAGGUGGCGCUCUCGGGCAGUCUGGCGUCGUCGGCCGACGGGUACGUUGUCGGGUUGUCGUUAUUUCCAACCUACUGUCGUUUCAUCGUAUUUGCGGCCGUGUUCCAACCGCGAUAUCGUCGGUUUUAUCGUUCUUGAGGACCAUUCUUUCAGUGUCGUAGCAAAGUUUGUAAUAGUAUUAACGGUGGUAAGCAAGAAAACUCGUUACGCCGGUCGAUGAGCUCCUUUAACCUGUGCCGUGGGGAAUCUCGCGUACGAUGGUCGUCGGCCGAUUCGAGGGGUAAUAAGAUGAGAGGUAAACUUUUCCGUUCGAUUUCUAUACGAGGGUAAUCCAUAUGGAUGGAGCCAGCGGAAAGGGUUAAGGGAACAAGAAAAUCGUCGUUUCCUUGGUCUCCGGCUCGGCCCCUCGUCGGAUCGCGUACGUCGACCAGGGCCAGGGUUCAUCUCUCCGUGGCCAAAUAGCGUUAGCGAUCAACGUCCAGCGAUGCACGGGAGCCGGUUCUCGUAAAACCGAAACUGUGUUUGGCGAAUUGCAACGACUCGGAACUGGUCGGUAAUCGCUGUCGGCACCGAGGAUGGCGAGGAACAGCGGCACUGCAAACGCAUACCGACGAUGCACCGAUUGCACCGUGGUCGUUCAUCGCGAUGCCGCUGUCGCAGCCCGUAGUACGUCCCCUCGCGAAUUACGAUCGAUCGGAAUCGGGUACGGUAGAAACGGAAACGGCACUGGUACCUCCGGCAACACCAGCUACGCUACCAAUUUCGAUCAGGGAGAGGGCACGGCCGAUUAGAGUCGUCUCUUUCUAUAUAACUGCCGAGCAGCACGUGAUUCAUAAAUCGAGAGGACGAGUGAAUCUCGCGGAAUGGAUUUGUGCGGGGUCUACUUGUCGCAGCUGCGAGCAAUGCUCGUGAGGAAUCUGCUCCUGAAGAAACGAGAGAAGCGGAAGACUACGGCGGAGAUUUUCCUGCCCCUUUGCACCUUAGGCGUGUUGAUCGUGGUAAAAGUCUUGCCACCGAAUCCGAAUUACCCUGCGAUGACAACGCAGAGACAAGAGGGUGGGAUUUUCGAGACGUUCAACGGGUACAAGAACAACACGGUGGCUGUUGUUCCCAACUCGACGGAAACUUUGAACUUUUUGAACUCGAUGAACGUCCUGUGGUUGUCGAUGUGGGAUUAUCCCGGCAAGCUUCCCCUGAAUUUCAUGGUGUUCGACACGAAAGACGAUCUGCAAGCGGCAUAUUGGAGAGACCCUUACAGUGUACCCAUAGCAGUCAUCUUCGAAGACUCUCAGCCUAUAUCUCAACGUCUCCUAUACGAGAUAAGAACUAAUCCUUCGUACACGAAUCCACCUUCGCCGACCGAAUUGUAUUCCGCCCCAGUUACUUGUCGAAAGGACACGAGCCACUGGAUGGGUGGCGUAUUGUCGAUAGAGACUGGUGGAUCAUGCCCCGUGAACAAUUACUUGCAUUCUGGCUUCCUGGCGUUGCAAUUGAUAAUGGAUAUUACAAAGAUAAGACUAGACACAGGAAACAAUGAUGUAACCGUACCGGAUGUUAAACUCGAGAUGUUCCCAAAGGAAGCCUUCACUGCAGACUGGAUGCUGGCCUUUAGAGUUGUUAUACCUCUCUUUAUGGUUCUGGCUCUUUCGCAAUUCGUCACUUAUCUCCUGAUUCUGAUAGUCGGUGAGAAGGAGAAAAAGAUCAAGGAAGGGAUGAAGAUAAUGGGCCUAAAAGAUUCUAUCUUUUGGUUGUCGUGGUUCAUUAUCUACAGCGUCUUUGUCUUGUUGCUAUCCGCCGUUGGGGUGAUACUACUUUUUACACUGCAAAUGUUUCAGCACACACACUUUCUACCGAUAUUCCUUUUAGUAGUGCUCUACAGUUUCUCCAUAAUCAUGUUUGCUUUCAUGAUAACGCCUUUCUUCGACAAGUCACGGACCGCCGGUGUACUCGGCAACUUUGCAGUGACGAUAUUAAGCUUGAUGUACUUUAUCCAAGUUUUCGUGAACGACUCUAGCUCAAUCUCAUUCUGGGUAGUCUCUCUUCUCAGUCCAACGGGCGUUGCUUUGGCAAUGGAUAAGGCUCUUGUGUUGGAUUUACAAGGAGAAGGGGUAAACUUUGAUAAUCUUUGGUCAGGGCCCGGUAUACCGUUUGGCGGGAGUCUCAUUAUGAUGACUUUAGACAUAUUUCUGUACGCCUGUUUAGCCUACUAUUUCGAUUCCGUCAUACCUAGUGAAUAUGGAAUAAAAAGAACUCCCUGGUUUUGCUUCACGCCGAGAUUCUGGUGGCAGAGGAAGGCUCCACGGUCGUAUUUACAGGUACCGUCGUCUAAUGGAGAGUCGAACUCCUUUAUACCUGGCGAGGAGACCAAUCGUGAUAUCGAGCCAGUGGUGCGAGAAAUGAAAGGACGCGAAGCCAUUAGGAUAGUCGGUCUUUACAAGUCCUACCAAAAAUGUCGCAAGCCGGAGAUCAAAGCCGUGGAUGGCAUUAACCUGACGAUUUACGAGGGACAAAUUACAGCAAUACUCGGGCAUAACGGCGCUGGGAAAACAAGUCUCUUCAACAUACUGACUGGUUUAACCGCGCCUACCGCCGGCACUGCCUUGAUUUUCGGUUACGAUGUCAGAGAUUCCAACGACAUGCAAAUGAUUAGAAGCAUGACCGGCGUUUGUCCACAGCACGACAUCCUCUUCGAUCUUCUAACACCAAGAGAACACCUUGAAUUCUUUGCUGCUGUACGCGGCAUUCCAAAAUCGAUGAUCGAGCACGAGGUGCAGAAAACUUUAAAAGACAUCGAUCUGUACGAGCAAGCAGAUACUUUCGCAAAAUAUUUAAGCGGUGGUCAGAAAAGGAAAUUGUCCGUUGGUAUCGCUAUUAUUGGCGAUCCGAAAAUUAUUAUCCUCGACGAACCCACCGCCGGGGUAGAUCCUUAUUCCAGGCGACAGAUGUGGUCUUUUUUGCAAUCUAGACGUCACGGGAAAGUGAUUUUAUUGACCACGCAUUUUAUGGACGAGGCGGACAUAUUAGCGGACAGGAAAGCGGUUAUCAGUAAAGGAAAGUUAAGAUGCUGCGGUAGUUCUCUGUUCUUGAAAAAUAAAUUCGGCAUUGGAUAUCAUUUAACGUUGGUGCUCGAAGGGAACGCGAGAGAGCAUGCCAUUUCCAGAUUAGUAAGUUCUCACGUGUCGAAGUCGGAGAAAGCGAGACGCCAUGGACGAGAAUUAAGUUUCAUUCUGCCACACAAUUCCGUCGAGAAUUUUGCACCACUUUUCUCAGCCAUAGAACACGAGAUUAGAACUCGAUCGAGUCGGUUGGGCAUUAGCAGUUACGGGGUCUCUAUGACUACUUUGGAAGAAGUAUUUCUACAUCUAGAGAAAGACGAGGGCACAGAGUGCACGAUGGAUAAUUUGUCGAAAAAAAUGGUGCGUAACCGUGCACUAAGCAGGUCAUUGUCGUUGCAAUCCAAAAGCACUUCUUAUCAAAGUUUGCAGAACGAAGGUGUCACUGUUCAAAACGAUGGUCAAGGAAAAGGCGGAGGAGAUUUACCAGAUGGAGUUCAUAGUGACAGAAACCCUCCUAUUCUCGGCCUCGGAUUAGACCCCAUAAAAAUCCGGCCUAAUUUCCUACAAAUCCUGUACGCUAUGCUUCGCCUAAGGAUACUAAGGCUCUUUAGGAACAUCCAGUUACUGUACUUCACUAUCGUUGCGCCUCUUUUUCUGGUAGUCCUUGGCCUCUAUUUGAAUAGCAUUCAAAUGGUUGAGAUCAAAAUGCAAUCUCUUAGAUUGAAUACCGACACGUACGGCAACGAAACGAAACUUUUGUACGCGAACAAUACCGACUACGACAUCACGGACUUGAUCGAGGGAAUAAGUCAAGACGUGAAGUACAUUGACGAAUACUACGGAAACUUUGCGAACUUGCUCAAAAUUGCACCGCACAUGGCAGCUUUAAAUAUUAACGAGUACAGCCUGCAGAAGCUCGAUUUGACCGUUGCUUAUAACGACACUACGCAACAUUCCCUACCAAUUUUGAUAAAUCUUUUAUCCAACACCUAUCAUAGGUUGACCUCGGACAAAAGUCAUUUAAAACCAAUCGAAGUUAAGACACAUCCUUUCCAGCAGACUUCCCAACCGCAGGAGUUCAAUAUCGGUACAGCUAGCUCUGCUGUAUUCAUCGGAAUGAAUUUUGUUCUGUUGCCAAUAACUCUAGUUGUAGACAUGGUCUACGAUCGAGAAAUAAAAGCGAAGAAUCAACUUCGUGUGAACGGUUUGUCAUUCUCUAUGUACUUCCUGACAUACUUCAUCGUACUUGUCGGCCUGAUGAUGUUCAUUUGUCUCUGCAUUCUCGGCAUUAUAUUUCUCUUCGAUGUGCCUUCGCUUCAAGAAAUACCAGCACUGAUCACCCUCGGCGGUCUUUUAAUGCUUUACUGUCCGUCGUCCAUUCUAUUCUCAACGUGUUUAAGUUACAUUUUCGACAAGAUGGAUUCUGCCCAGAGUAUUUUGCCCAAUAUAUCAACAUUCUUCGGGCUAAUACCCUUUAUACUAGUCACGAUUCUUGACAUGUUAGGUCUCAGUGGUACCGCAGCAUUUGUUUUACAUGUAAUCUUCUCGCUAUUGAACACAUUGUACGUGCCAUACGCUGCGGUGUAUUACGUAGAACGAGUCCACUUGAUGUGCUCCAUUAAUGCGGCUUGCCAUCAUUUGACUAUGUCCGAUUAUCUGACCACAGAAAUCAUUUUAAUGGCCUUUGGCGUACUCCUGCACUGUCCGGUGUGGUUCUUCGUGCUUUUGUUAUUGGACAUUAAAAAGAGCGGUGGGAACGUCAGCGAUAUCUUCAAGCAUUUCCUGCGCAAUGGUGGUUCCGUUGGCGAGGAAAUAAUGGAGAACUCUGACAUUGGAGAACACGAAGACGCAGAUGUUAAAGCCGAGAGACAAAAAGUUUUCAAUCUGAUCACUUCAUCAUCCGUUCAAGAACCACCUGUAGUUCUAGUACAGAAUUUGAGAAAAGAAUAUAGACAAAGGGAGUCAGGAUCGUGCAGUUGCUGCUCUAAACAGGAAGAGGAAGCCAAUCAAAUACAACGAAAGGUUGCUGUAAGGAAUCUCUCGUUGGCGGUCGAACCGGGAGAAGUAUUUGGUUUAUUGGGUCAUAACGGCGCUGGAAAAACUACGACAAUGAAGAUUAUCAUAGCAGAAGAAGCAGCCACCCGAGGCAGGGUGCAGAUCGGUGGUCAUAACAUUAAUUCCAAUAUGGCGGAAGCUUUCCGACAGAUGGGAUAUUGCCCCCAACACGAUGCUCAGUGGAAGAACAUUACAGUCAGGGAACAUUUAGAAUGUUACGCUGCGAUACGCGGUGUACCAUGGGGAGAUAUCAGCAGAAUCGUGGACUUGUAUCUUACUGGUCUACAAAUCCACGAGCAUGCCGACAAGCAGACUCAAGAAUGUUCAGGCGGGACUCGAAGGAAACUUAGUUUCGCCAUGGCGAUGAUCGGAGGUCCAAAAGUUGUUCUAAUGGACGAACCUAGUACAGGAAUGGAUCCUAGAUCGAAAAGGUUUUUAUGGGAUACAAUUCUCGCCAGUUUUCAGGGUGGCAGAGGAGCAAUUUUAACGACUCAUUCGAUGGAAGAAGCUGACGCCCUGUGUUCUAGAGUCGGGAUAAUGGUGAAAGGAGAAUUGAGGUGUAUCGGUUCUACCCAACAUCUGAAGAAUCUCUAUGGUGCUGGAUACACCCUCGAGAUGAAACUGUUAGGCGGUGACUGUACGCCGACGACACCCUCCGGCGACAGGAUCACGGGUCUGAAGGAGUUUGUUUCCAGUCUCUUUCCAGAUGCAAGUCUUGAAGAAAGUUUCGCUGACAGAUUGGUUUUCGGUGUUCCCCAACACGCAGUUAACUCGCUGGCCGAGUGCUUUAUGCAGUUGGAGAAAGCCAAACUCGAGCUGGAUAUUGAAGAGUACAGCUUCAGCCAAACUACUCUGGAGCAGGUUUUCCUCAAAUUUUCACACUACGAUGAAACUAAUCCAGGAGAAUGAUAACUCGUAAAAAGAAACGUGUUUGUUCUUAUGUGUUGCAUAGUGAUAUAAUCGUGAAACUGUUCAGAGUCGUGCGAUAAAGUGUGAUAAAGUUCUUCUCGUCGAGAAAAGUGAUUUGAUUCUUUUAGUGUUGAAAAGGCGAACGCUACGCAAAGCUAACGAAAACAGGAACGAUAUCUGUAUUCUAAAUAUCAAAAACAUUAUUAAUAGUUACAAACAGAAAUUCACAUUUGUCAUUUGAUGCAGACUUCAAAGUUAUGUAUUCUUAUUUUAAUUUCGACGAUCCUGUAAGUGAACAAAAAUCGUAAUAUUUUUACGGUACAUAUCGAUCGACCUAAUACAGAAACAGAAAAAUUAGAUGGUAUAUCUUUUUUUUCUAACUGUUGUUCUGCGCUGUUAUGUACAUCAGAGUUGCAGUGACUUCCUGGUGAGUGAAAUAAAUAAACAGGACGUUGUAAAAUUAACUUGAUUUGUAAAUAGUGGAGACUACGAACAAUUUAUCCCAUUAUCGACAGAAGUGGUAAUAAUACUAUUCAACACUCAUCGUUUUGAAAUUGUAUUGUAAUCUAGUCUAUUAUUCGAUUCCUACAAAUAGGUCUCACAAUUAAUAUUGCUGUGGAAUUGGAACGUUAUUAUCAUCAUUAUAAGUAUAUAAAUAUUCGUUGACAGGGGGAAAAAGAAUAAGGAUCAACGCAUCGAUAUUAAAUUCUUUUUAAACGCAGUGAAUUCAAUGAAUUACCUAUCUACAUUGACAAAACAUAGGGAAUAACCUUAACGAAGGCUAUUCGUUUAGCAACAUUUAUAAUCGCUCGUGAUUAUUUCAAGCGUCGUUAACACGAUGACACCGUUGUUUAGAAAGGGUGCUGUUAUAUCGAGAACGAGCUGCAUAUAUACAAUCGAGUGACUUAAUUUGUGCAUAUAACUUACUGUGUAGUACGUAUUUAUAAAUUUCUCCAGAGCUGGCUUACGGUAAUUACCAAAGCCUUUCAAAUAAUGAGAAAGACACGAUAGGUUGUUAAUCUUGCCUCAAUAGCACGUAAGAUGAUAAUAAUUUGACACGAGACAUUCUCGCGAUGGUGACAAUUUAAGCAUAAUAGGGCAACUCGAAUUCGGUAAAAAUAAUCCGAGGAGGAAUUUUUAUGGUCCAUGAAUUAAACUUUAUCGUUGCAUACGCAUGUAGAUCUUAUAAUUUAUUCCAGUAAAAUUUAAUUAUAAAGUUAUUUGCUAGCAAUCUUCCCGACACAUUCAUUUCUCUUGGCAACACCGAACUCGAAUUAUUCUUCUUUUUUUUUUUUUUGCAAAUACAAAGAGAAUCAUUCGUCACGAUGAAAAUAAAAGAUUAAUAUUUAAAAAAAACAGCCAUUUUUGAUUACAUUGUAUAAGGCUACUUUAAACGAUUUCUAAAUUUGACAUUUGUAGGUAGGUCUAGAGGAUACUAGAUGUCUUAUCUUAUUAAAGACGAACUUUGAAGCAUAACCAAGGAAGCCUGGUAUGCGUAAAAGGAUCCAUUAUUGGAAGAGUAAAAAAAUAAAAAGUACGUAGUCAAAAGUAUUAGGAAAAAAAAAAUUGUACGCUCUUUGAAACUUUCUAUGGUGAAAGAUUUUGUUUUUAGACAUACACAUGCAUACGUUCGAUCUUCCGUGAACAGAAUCCCGAAAAAUCGAACGGAAAUAAAUAGUAGGGGCACCGUUUCCAGAACUGAAUGAGAUAUUUUGUAGUGGAUAGCGCAUAGGUAGUCGAAAAUUGAAAUCUCGCGAUUAAGGGAUAUAUUAAUUUUUUUGUAAAUAUAACUCGUUGUAAGAAUGAUUCGUAUUAUAAAUCAUAUAGGAUUUCCUAUACGUCGUAUAGGAGGAAUUAAAUGAAAAGAAAAAAAAAAAACAAUACAUACGUGUGCCCCGAUGCAUGUACGCAUUUAUAGGGAUUGUGUAAUUACGCACAACUCUCGUUCUAGCUAAUACCAAUAUGAUAUAAAAUUUAGUCAAUUAUGGAAUUACACGAAUAAAAACAAGAACUACAGACAAUUUUAUGAAAAUUAUAUAUAAAUAUAUAAAUGUGCGUAUAUUUAUAUAUUUAUAUAAAGUAUGAUAUAUAUGUAUAUAUACAUAUAUAUAUAUAUAUACGUAUACCAUUUUUUAAAACACGUGUCACAGUUACGAGAUUACACAAGAAUAUUGUAAACAUUCCUAAAGACAAGUACUGUUGCUCUGCAUUAAGAAAUAAGCGUACUUGCAUUCAUGCCAAGUAAUUUUAUUAUGUUUUUUUUUUUUUCUUUUGUCUGUAGCUAUACCUACAUCUCUCUUCUCUGCUCAUACUAAUCGCCACUUUUUGGCUUUACUUGUUACGGCUCGUUCAUACACGUCAGACUUUCAUAUCGAUCAAUAUAUAUACGUAUAUACACGUAUAAAUAUUAAAAAAAUGAUAUAUGUUAAUAUAUAUGGAUUUAUAUUUAUGUAUGCUAUUGAAGAGUUUGCAACAAGAAUGAGAUCACGUUUUUUUAGACUUGCUCGAUGGUACUUGUUCUUUGAAGGCUUACAGAAAUCCAUCGAUUGUUUAAUAUUUUUAGAACAAAUUGAAUUCGAAUAAUCUUUAAUAAAAAAAAAAAAAUUUUUAAAUUCUAAUUCUACGGAGAAUAAAAAGAAACAGUGCUCUGGUUAAAAGUUUCAUCUUUCAUUAUCAUGAUCGAGGCAGAACGCGAUCGUAAAAUAUAUAUAAUAAUAUAUAUAAUUGCCUCUUCUACUGCAAACCCUUUAACGAUUUUAAAAGAAUACUGUAACAAUAUCGUAAACCAUUGAAUUGAUUUAUAGCAAUCGGUUGUACUUUGAAUCUUACUUAUUCUACGGUGAUUUCUAUGGAGACUAAAAGUUUUUCAUACUUUACGUUUUCUAUAUAUCGUAACUACGAACAAGUACAGAAAAAUAUGAUAUUGUGUAACGCUAUCCAAUUAUUUACAGAAUCGAAUGAAAAUAACCGAGUGUACGUGAAGCAUUGUUUUCUUUGUAAGAAUGAUCAGGUUGCACAUAAUCGAAUCUUAAGCUUGUAAAUUGAAUGUAAAAUUGAUUGCCCAUUGGUAUGUAUGAUUUUAUAGGAGUAAUAUAUACAUAUACAUAUACGUAUCGAGAUACGAACCAGCGGCCAUUGUCGGCCGGUUUUUCGUUUUGUAUAUCAACGAGAGCUCGUUCGUACGAGAGAACGAACGAAAGAAACGAGGGAAAUUAUCCUUUGCACGUACAGCACUCAUGCACUCUACAAGGACAUCGCGCGUAUAGACAAGACACGCACUCACACUCAAAGAAAUUUAAGAGAGAAAGAGACUCGUAUAUAAUAGAUACAAUUAUUAAAUGCGAUUAUCAUCAUCAAUAAGCUACACGCCGAAUACACCCUGUCGAUAAACAAUUGACUUUGCGGAACUACGUAUUUGUUGUGUAAAGUGAAUGUAAUCAAUUGGUUAACAGAAGCUUUUUCACCAAUAAAAAAAGAUCAGUUAAACAUUUACGAAGUGUCCUUCUUCAAGCGUUUCGUCGUUUUUUAAGUAUAAUGCAAAUAAGUAUCGAAGAACAACGCGAACGCCCAAGUGUUUCUUGUUUCUCGAAUCUAUUCAUUGUUGUUUAAUGUAUAAUUUAGUGUAAUUAAAUUAGUGAUACACGUUCGAUCUAAUUGAUACCGUUUGUUAUGUACUAAUUAGCGAAGGUUUAGGGAUAAGCAAUAUUUCCUUUGAAAGACUUCGUUUCAUAGUGCAUACGCUGCGACUGUAAUGGAACUUGGCAGAUUUUUAAGUUAUCUGUCGAGGAUCUUGUAUUAAUAUUGGACUCGUAACAUCUAUUAUGAUAUCUUCGAUGGACUUGUCGAUGAGGUGCAUGCUCGCGGUUCCGAAUAGAUUUUAAAUCUUUUAUCAACGACGUCAUUUUGAACAAUUUUCUUCUUUUCCAUUUAGUCUCGAUCUAAGUUUUAAAAAUGUAUUAGCAAAAAUCUGACGAGAGAAUCGAGCCUACCCUGAACUUAAUUCAAUUAACUCGAAAAGUGAAACAGAUAGGCAGGGAAAACAUGAUUCAAGGUAAUUAAAAUCAUCGAAUAACCUACCUACAUACUUACCCCAUCGACAAAUUCACCGUAUCUUACAACGUCUUACAUUUAUUUCUACCGGACGGAAGAUAACAUUUGUUAAACGAAAACUAUAUUUGUAUAAUCUUUUAUAUAGUUGGAAAGACAAUAGCUUUGUCGAGAAUUAAUUGGCUUAGACUUUGUAUACAGUUUUUGUAAAUUGAUUGAAACGUUUACGUUGUACGAGGAUUUCAUCUACCGUAAAAUUAUUUUUAUUACUACGUAGGGUAGCAGAAGAAAUUUCAUUAUCAAUGAUAUUAGCAUAAAACAUAUAUUUGUCCUCCAUUUGUAUUUACACUACUGGUUCUUACAUUAUAUACAUACACGUACGUAGCAUAUGCUUUCUAUCGAACAGAAUUUACAUAAUAAUGAAAAGUGUUCGUCACGUUUCGUGAACUGCAAGACGUAUCAAAAAUAUUUCCGAUCAACCCCUUAACCGUAGCGAGCCUCUUUUACUAAGAUAUUUAGACGAUUUGUUUACUAACGAUUGCCGACGAUAACGAUAAUAAUUAACUCUGUAAAAGGGCGUUAGGUCCGUCGCUUCGGAUAAAUAAAUUUACAACAUUCAAUUUAUUGUAUUAUUGUUAUAUUACAAUAAAUAUAUGUAUACAAGACGGUUUAUAAAAUUGCAAAGGAAAUGUUAUUUAUGAUCAGCUCGUUUUAUAAUAUUUAACGUACAUGUAUAAUAGUUAUGCCGUUAACCAAAUGUCGUCCAAGAGUUUACGCGAAAAAAUGUCCUGCAUAGAUGUUCUCUAUUAUCGUUACCCUAAUUGACCCCAACUCUUUACCGCUUUCUCCGCUGUACAGUGAUUGAAAAAAAGGAAAUUCUUUUUACUAUUCCUAUGUAUGAGCGUAGAUACGUAUACACCUUACCUUCAUUCGGUUAUUUAGACUCGAUCGUAUUAAUAACACGUAUACAUAUUUCUUUUUCUUCAAUAAUAAUUAAAAUAUGAUUAGUAUGCUGUAAAGCAUGCA